ACUCACCUGUGUCUCAAUUGAAAGACAGGUGAUACUCAUGAUAUGGACUAUGAACACUUCCAAUUCAUGUACAUCUGUGCCUCAUAGCUUCCUUCUAUCCACCCGCUGUUAGCUUCUUCCACAAAACCACAAUGAGAGGCGUCAAGGUCUUCUCGGGCAGGUCCCAUCCCACCUUGGUCCAAACCAUCUGUGAGAGACUGGGCACCUCUCCGGCAAAGUGUGAAUUGGGCAAUUUUGCAAAUGGAGAAAUCAGUGUUCAGAUCGGAACAUCGGUCAGAAAUGAAGACGUCUUCAUUGUCCAAAGUGGCAGUCCUCACAUCAACGACAGUGUCAUGGAAUUGCUCAUUAUGAUCGCUGCAUGCAAAGGCGGCUCGGCCAAAUCAAUCACCGCCGUCAUGCCCUACUAUCCCUAUUCACGCCAGUCAAAGAAAAAGAGCCAUCGUGGCGCUAUCACCGCCAAAAUGCUGGCCAACCUCAUGGUAGUGGCCGGUGUGGACCAUGUCAUCACAGUCGACCUGCAUGCCUCCCAAAUGCAAGGUUUCUUUGGCAAACCUGUCGACAAUCUGUUUGCUGAACCCAUCAUUGCUCGUUGGAUCAAGGCCAAUGUUCACCGCUGGAAAGACGCCGUGGUUGUGAGCAAGAACGUGGGUGGUACCAAACGAGUCACUUCUUUAGCCGAUGCUCUUAAAUUGAGCUUUGCCCUUGUGUCCACCGAUAGAGACCGUUCUCGACCAUCACAUCAUCACAACGCCUUGAUGGAUAGCACAAUCUUCUUCGACGCCAUCGAACCACAAUCCCUGCGGCUGGAGCAUAUGAUAAGCGAAGAGGAGGACGAGGAUCAGGCUGACAACGACUCCGAAGAUCCGUUCAAAGGCCCACGACAGAAUGUGCUUGCUCACCGAAACAAACGAUCUGCAGUCGACGGAGCUAGUCGGCCCAGUCGACCAAAGGCGGUCACAAUAGCGUCAAGCCCCCUCGUGCAGACUGUGCGGGUCGAUUCGUCGCCUGCUGCUCCCUCGUCGAACGAGCUGACCCGAAUCGAGACAGCACCAAGCGCGCGGCGGCCCUCUGAAUAUGAAGCAAACGAGGCGCACAAUGAUGAGAGAGCUCGGGAUGUCGUUGUGGGUCGAUUAGUACAAGGUCAUCUGGUCGACGAAGACCACCCAUCCCCUGCAUUAUCAGGCUUAUCAGCCUCGAUCUCAGGCUUUCCUUCUGACCGCAAUCUGCUGGAUAGCACUGACAACACUGGAUAUGAUCCCAUGACUUCUUCGUUCGUAUCAACUACCUCUUCCUACAACCCGGAACACGCACUUGGUGGUACAUUUGACGCUGCCGCUACUUCUGAUGAAGAGGAGGAGCAAAUCAAAAAUCCCGAUCUCGAGCACACCAUCACCCUGGUCGGCAAUGUCAAGGAUAGAACAGUCCUUCUGAUGGACGACAUCAUCGACAAGUCAGGCUCUUGGAUUGCUGCCGCGGAAACGUGUGUGAAAAUCGGACGCGCUAAGAAGGUGUAUUGCAUAGCCGUGCAUGCAUUGUUCGGCGAUGAUUCUUUGGAGGAACUGGAAGAUUGCGAUUGCAUCGACCACAUCGUCGUGACAAAUACCUUUCCCAUUGCGCCUGAGCGGGUAAGGGCGUCAAAGAAGUUGAUCGUGAUCGACCUCUCGAAUCUGCUUGCUGAGGCGAUCCGGCGAAAUCAUCAUGGAGAGGAUAUGUCCAGCAUGUUUCAUAUGCAAGAAUAAGUGGGAGCCCAUAUGAUUCCAGGGAGUGACAGACACCCAUCAUGUUGUUGCUGGACAGCCCAGCAUGGAUCCAUCUCCCGUUCCGGCCGGGAUGGUGGAGGUGACGACCAACAUAGCUGCGGAACCUUCCCGUAGAGGCAGGACAAACCGUUUUGAGCUGCGACGGUCAACGUCUGGUUGGAUGAAACUAAAUUCGCAUAAGUCAUGCAGACGGGAAUAGCCACGGAA